AUGAAACAAUAUAACUUGGUACAGUUCAUUAGACUGUACUCAACUAGAGGUAAAAAAUUAAAACCAACAAAACCUCAAAUUGUCGUGUUGAAUCCAGAACAAGCUGGUUUGCUCACCCAUCGUCAUAGAAGAAAUACAGGUACAAACAACAAUGGUAAAGAGAGAUAUAUGAAAUCACACCACGAUCAUCUUAGAGCAGAAAAAAAUUCUUUAUUUGAGGGUAUUGAAUUGGAACCAACAUGGGUGAAAAAGGGUAGAAAUAUAAUGGGAUCUGAUUUAAUUAAAGAUACAGAAAAUUUAUUGAAAUUUCAAAAAAAGGCCUCUGUAGAGCAGCUGUUCCAUUCUAUAGACUCCCUAAAACCUACAUUGACAAAUAUUUCACAAGAAAAUUAUACACAAUUGCAAAAACAAUUAACUGAUUCUUUUACAAUCAAACAAUUACGUGAAUAUAUUAAUACAUUAGAUCCCCAACAUGAACUGAUCACAUCGAAUAGAUUGGUGAAACAUAAGUUAAUAGAACAGAUAUUUACAAAAUUAUGGAGUGGUCAAAUUUCUCAAAAUCUGUUAGAUUUACAAACUAAAACAAUCAAAUUAACCCAAAGACAUUCAAAAUUACUUCUACUAACUCAAAAUGGGAAAAUUCUGAAGAAUUUAACACGUUUGAAUCCUCAUUUGUUUAUUCAAUUAAAUUUAUCUCAAAACGAAUUAAGGAUAACAUCCACAGUGAAUAUCCUCGAAUUUAUAGAAAUUUCUUUAAAUAAUAUCCUGAACAACGUAUGUGCCACAGAUUGGUCACCUACAACAACUUUAUCGGAAUCUCAAUUAAAUUUAAUUACAAGAAUAUGUGGUGUAGAUAUAUAUAAUAAUGAAGUUGCUGCAUUUGGUUGGAAAAGAAUAGAAUUAGCAAAAAGAUUAGUUAGGUGGAUAAUAUCAAAAGAAGAUUCUUUACAUAAGGAAGCCAAAUUUGAAAAAUGGCUAUUAUCUGAAGAUAAUGGAGACAAUGACAACAUUAAGUGGUUCCCAUUUAAUGACCUUGAUUGCUUAGAUUGGCUUGACAAGGAUGAAACCUGGGGAAGACUCCAGAAAAUAGAACCAAUAGCGGAAGAUAAUACAAAUAUAGAAUCAUCAGCAAUUAAACCUAGUAAUUUGUUAUGCGACGAAAAGAUUGAUGAAAUAUAUAAUUUCUUCAAGGAUUCUAGCUUGAACAAAAGUAACUCUGGUAUAUCAUCUGCUGUAUCAAAUAUUGUCAGCAUAUCUUUUGGUUCAAUACUGGAAACCAAGACGAAUAAUAAAAGAAUCUUUCAACCGAGAGUCUCAAAAAUUUCCGAAAAAGUGUUAGCACUGCCUCCAGAUUCAGGAGAUACUGAUACUGAACCAAGUUAUUAUUUGGAGUUGAAUUUUACUCCAUCAUCUAAGAACCUGAAAAAAUUCCCCCCACUUAAAUUGUUAAUCCAAUUAGACGAAAAAAAUAAUAUCAUAUAUGAAACAAUUCAAUGCCUAACAUGUCUAUCAUCCAGCGACUAUUAUCCACAGACACCACAACUACAACACGAUUAUAAAAUAUCCCAUGAUAAACUAUCUGAUAUAUUUGUGUAUGAUAAUAACGGAGAAUUAACGAACCAACCUGGUAUUGAUAAAUUCCUGAACGUAUUUAAAUACACACCACAAAUCCCCUAUGUGAAUUCCACUGAUACUGUUUCGUUUAAUCUACCAAUAGAGAUAUCUGAAGCUUCCAAUGUUGACUACGAAUUUGUCUCUAUGAAUCAUCAUUCCGUCAGAAGAUUUCAAUACCUCGACAAGUAUUCAGUUCAAUUUUCAAAUGUGAACGGAGGUUCUCUAGGUGGUUGCUACACCCAAGUUGAAUUUGUUAAUGAUGAUAACGCAACUGAAUUACCUAGUAGAGAAGAUUUUGGUAAAUUCUUAAAAGAUAUUUUCAAAUUUGAUUAA